GGUUGACUUCCACUAGCAGUGAAUGUAUUCCUAAAAGCUCAGACUUGCAGUGUGAUCCCAUCAUUCGGAAAUACGGAGGAAAAAAACAAGGCCUUACUAGCUAUACUCUAACUUUAGAAGAGCAGAAAAAAAAUGACUAUCCCAUAAAAGGCUCCCCUGAAUGUAAGGGCUAUAUAUAUACAGAGUGUGAUCAGCAGAGGACGGACAGCAGCCCCCUCUUUGGUCUGGAUUGUGAAAUGUGCCUGACUGCAAAAGGGAGUGAAGUCACACGUGUCUCUUUGGUGGAUGCACAGGGUCAAUGCCUCUUGAAUGAACUGGUCAAACCUGAAAGCACAGUAGUGAACUACCGCACCAGAUUCUCAGGAAUCACAAAGAAAAUGCUGCUUCCAGUGAAAACAACACUGCCAGACAUCCAAACCAGACUAAAAAAAAUGCUUCCCCAUGAUGCAGUAUUGGUCGGUCAUUCUCUAAAUGCUGAUCUUCAGGCUUUAGAAAUGAUCCACCCUAGUGUUAUUGAUACUUCACUGCUUUUUGCCAGAAAUGAGGGUCGAAGAUUUAAGCUAAAAUUUCUAGCCAAAGCUGUUUUAGGGAAGGAGAUUCAGUGUGAACAGAAGCUUGGGCAUGAUCCCACAGAAGAUGCUAGAGCUGCAUUGGAAUUGGCUCAAUUCUUUAUUGAGCAAGGACCAGCAAAGGUAGCAGAACUAAACUUGGAGAUGCUUCUGACAGCUGAAAAACUGGCUGAGGUCUCACAGAGCAAAGCUGCGUUACAGCCACAAGGAUGUAGGGUCCAGAAGCAGUUGAAUGAGCCUCCACAUUUAUCUAAACCAUGUUUUUUAGACUACUUGCGGGUGACUGGCCAAAACCCCCUCCUUUUGGGCAGACAGGAACUAGACUCUUCUGGCCUGUGUCAGAGUAACCUGAGUGCUUCAAACAAACAGAUUCUUCAGAGAGCCUUAGAAGAUGUUCCCCUGUCCACAUUCAGUGUCAUUCAGUUCAGUUUGGGUCCAGAGUACAUUGCAUCUCACCUUCUUGCUGGACUUUGUGAAAAGGUGAGAAGCAAGCUGACUGACAUGCUGACAAUUUACGCAGGUCCUUUUGAAGAAAGCUUUUGCCUGAAGUCUGUGAAAAAAGAAUUUGGGAGGUGUGGACCAAUCCGAUCUCUUACAGUGGUAACUGAAACGUACCAGCCCUAUGUCUGUAUCCAAUAUGAAGUGCUGGAAGCUGCCCAGCUUGCUGUGGAAAGCCUAAAUGGAGCUGAGGUAGCAGGAUGCCGCAUUAAGGUUCAGAGACCUGUCACUGCAGCAAUGUUGGACUGUGAUGUUUUGAUAAAGGAACUAGAACUGGAUGUGGAAAAUGAAGGUGUGAUUUAUGUGGCGGGUCUAAAGAAGUCAAUAACAGAGUUGGACUUGCAAGAAGAAUUCAGCCAGUUGAAAGACCUGGAAACACUGUUCCUGCCAAAGGAUCUCCAGAGUGGAAGGCACAGGAACUGCUGUUUCCUCAAAUUCCAGAAAUCACAAAGUGCUGUGGAUGCCCUUGAAGUUAUAAAUGGAUGGACCAUGAAGGGUGGCAAACUAAGAAGUAGGAACGCUCUUGCUUCAGGUCACCUCUGGCGAUGGAUUUGGCAAAUGAAUCACAGCAAUGGGAAGCAAGGAGGAAACAUCUUGUAUGAGAAAAUGGAGCAAUUAUCUGACUCUGAGCUAAAGAAAAAGGUGAAGAAGUUAGACCAUCAUAUCAAAAAGCUUUAUAGAAGUCUGCAGAAUAACACCCUGUGCAUUGUUCUCUUUCCUGGAGUGAACAGCACGCAUGGAUCACAAUCUGGCCUUGGUCUGAUGGAAAUAAAAGAUGACGGAGGGAGGAGUGCUUGUUAA